AUGUUUCACUUCGCUUCAAAGCCCAAUGAGAAAGAGGUCCAAGCUAAAGAACUACAGAAGAGUGAGUACAUGCCUCCUUUUCUCAUCUUAAGUUUAGGGAGGACGCAAUUGGAUAACGUUCCUUCCACAUAUUCGGCAGAUCACUGCAACAAUACAAGUUCAAGAGCCACCGGCUCUAUAAAACCUGCCAACAUGUCUAAUAUCAAAAACCUUCGUGCGAUGUUCGAGCAGAACAACAAGGAAGCAUCAGUAUCACCCCCCGAAAAAGGAUGUUCCCCAGGAGAUGCUAUAUUGUUUUCACCAGGAACUAGCACAACACCCCCAAGGCCACUAUCGAAAGUCAGAACGAAUUUUGUAACUGUUGAACGAACCGCACAGCAAGCUGGCCAGGCAAUACAACUUGGUCUCAAGCGACAAGAUAGCAGUAGUGAAUCCAACCCGGCGGGCGCUAGCAGUAUGGCAAAGCGGAGGCCAAGUUUUAGUUUGGAUGAACAAAGUAAUCCCCAGGCAACUGCAGAAAGAAAAGAGUCAAUUUCACAAGAGUUCGAGGCAAGAAAGGCCAAUACUAUGGUUGAUGAACCUAUUCCCGAGUCUGCCUUGGCAGAAACUCCUGCUCUUGAAGUCAACAAACAAAUUGGAGAUCCGGAACCCAUCAAAGGACCAAUACCUGAACGUGGUCGGGAAUUGGCGAAGCCAGCAGAGAUUAAGGAAAACCCAAAGAAAUCUGAGGAGGCGUCAAAAGUAUCGGAUGCAAGCAGUUCUGCAGUCGGAGCAGGCAAAAGCCCGACAUCAAGAGCAGUCACCGCGACCAAAGACCUCGUAAAGGCUUCAGAUAAAGCUACAAAGACAAAGCCUGCCACGCGACCUGCACCUAUAUCUACAGCCAAAUCAUCCACAAAUCCAAAGCCCUCCCCAAGAACAACAUCCCCCACCAAAUCUUUAAAGUCAGUUCCAAAGACUCCAACAACACCCACGGCAAGCUCUCCAAAGGAUGGAAAGCUCCAAAAGAUCAAAACGCCAGAGAAGAAAGCUUCUCUUCCAGCCAAGACACCCGAGAAGAAACCGGGCAAGAAGACCAGCAGCACUUCACUAGCCGCCUCAAGUGGCGCGCGAGCUUCAAGUAAACCAAGGUCUGCCAGUCGACCAGCUGUCAAGACCAGGGUCCCACCAUCGCCACCACAAGGUGGAGCUAGUAAGACCAAAGCCAAGUCACCUACAAGACCAGUGCAGCUCCCAGCUUCUCUCCUAGCUCCAACAGCUUCUUCGGGCUCGAAAGGCUCUACCUCGACACCUCCUGUCCGACAAACUCAGAGUCGUGCAUCUGGAGCCAUUAAGAGUGAAAGUGCACCACGAUCGCAAAGUCGUGCUAGCACCGCGCCAAAGGCAUCGCAUCCACCCGUCUCACGGAGUGCUACUCAAUUGAAGAUAGGAACUACUAGACCAUCGCUUGGGCCACCUUCGACCUCACAAAAGAAGAAUGCAGCAGGAAACCCACCUGCAUCAGCGCCAUUGGCUGAUGAUGGAUUUUUGUCUCGUAUGAUGAGACCUACGGCUUCUUCUGCCUCCAAAUCAAGCGAUAAAUCCCCUCCACCACCAAAGCGAUCACUUUCGAUAAAGCGACCAUCUAGCAGUCUUGGUCACUCCAAGGUUAAUGAUACCAAGGCCGCGUCUCAUGCAAUCCAGAAGGUAACCAGACCUACCACAACUAAGGCAGCCGUCACAAAGUCAUCAGCUCCAGCUGCCAAAACUGGUGCAAAAGCAGCGACAAAGAAGGCAACGCCAGAGUCGCAAAAGCACGUAGCUAAGCCGGAAGAAACCAAGGUAGUAAAAGCACCAAAGGCAGAAGUUAUUUCCACGGAAUCAGUUGUUCCAUCAGCUGGAGAUGCAACAAAUGAGGAUACCAAGGAGAUCGAGGUUGAGUCAGUACAGGAAGAGGCAGUGGAAGAAGCAAAAGCUACUGUUGCUCCAGCCGUUGAGACAGAAGAGAAAAUUGAAACCCCUGUCGCUCAAACAGAGGUCCUCGUCGAAGAACCAAAGAAGGAAGUCGAGGUUUCAGAGCCUGCAGUAGUUGAUGCAACCCCAGAAUCGCCAGUCAAGGAGGAAGCUGCAGAGCCAGCUGAGGAAGUAGUUGAGGAAGCAGCUAAAGAAGUAGUUGAAGAACCUGAGGCAGAGAAGGAGGAGACUACAGAAGUUGUGCCUUCAACCGAGGAAGCACAAAAGGUUAUUGCACCAAUCUCACCAGUCAUUGCAGCCAUGCCAGAAGAUGAUGAGGAUCCUGAGGAUGCUGCCGCCAGGGCAGAAAUUGCCAGGAUCAACGCGGAAAUGAUGGCUGCUUUGAAUUCUAAUUAG